AUUUCUCCAGGCUUUGACGGCGCUUCGCUUCUCUUCCCCCCAUUUCGCACCAACUUCCUUUCCACGCCAGGGCCCAAGCUCCGUGCUAGGGUUUCCCUUUCCCUCCCUCCCGCCGCCGCCGCCGCCGCGGACGCCGGGGAAGUAGAAGCAGGGGGAAUAGCACCGGGGAGGGGAGCAUGGGCACGCCGGAGACGUCGCGCGAGCCGUGCCCGGACCGGAUCCUGGACGACGUGGGCGGCGCGUUCGGGAUGGGCGCCGUCGGCGGCUCCGUCUUCCACUUCCUCAAGGGCACCUACAACUCCCCCAACGGGAUGCGCCUGUCGGGCGGCGCGCAGGCCGUGCGCAUGAACGCGCCGCGCGUGGGGGGCAGCUUCGCCGUCUGGGGCGGCCUCUUCUCCACCUUCGACUGCGCCAUGGUGUACGCGCGCCAGAAGGAGGACCCCUGGAACUCCAUCAUCGCCGGCGCCGCCACGGGAGGGUUCCUCUCCAUGCGCCAGGGCGCGGGUGCCGCGGGGCGGUCCGCGCUCAUGGGCGGGAUCCUCCUGGCCCUCAUCGAGGGCGCCGGGCUCAUGCUCAACCGCGUCCUCGCCAACCCGCCGCUACCCGCCGAGGACCCCAACCUCAUGGGCGGCGGCGCAUUUCCGGGCCUGCCGGCGCCGCCGGUAGUGCCGCCUCCUGAGGCCGCGAGCUCCAGCGGUGCGGGUGGGUGGCUCGGGGGGCUGUUCGGCAAGAAGGAGGAGGAGAAGAAGGCCGGCGCGGGCGGGGGCAAGUCAGAGAUCCUGGAGAGCUUCGACACGCCAAGCACCCCGAUACCGUCGUUCGAGUACAAGUGAGAAAAAAGGUUUGCUGUUGGAACUGUUGUUUACCCGGUAUUGGAACGUGGUGGUCGGAAUCGGGGAUGCAGAUCAGCAAUACAAUAACAGUGAGGACAAGAGAUUCAUUAGUUCGUCCAUAACUUAUUCCCGCCUGUGCCGCUCUGCUUUCGACGGCUCAUAUCUAUGCGCCCGCUUGUGUAUGUAUAAGCCUUUUUAUCGUGGCAGAUUGGCUACUUUUUUUGAAAUGUUGUAGUAGUAGUAGAAGCAGCAGCCGAUACAGUAGUUUACUGCCUAAAUGAUAGCAUUUGUGUUGUGCAAUGCAAUAUAAUGCACUCGAGGAAAACCCCUGUUCUAUGCCGCAGGCUGACCUCUGAAGGGACAAUAAUUUUUGAGUUCUGAGUCGAGCUGCCCCACUGCAUUCUGUCGUUCCGCAGAUCAGUUGUUUGGGCAGUUUUUUGAGUUGGAAGGCUCCACUGUUUUUUGA